GUGUAAAGUUUUCACACACCGAGUCUCAGACUCAUUCGCCCAGCAAAAUGAACUCUCGGCUCCUGAAGAGGUGUAGAUAUUUUUGGUUUCUGCUCGCAGGAAUCUGUGCUCAGCGGACAACAUCCCUUGUUCCUUCCAACACUGGCGCGGUGAGCAUUCGGCUGGCGGGCGGAGGCGGUAACUGCUCGGGGAGGGUGGAGGUGUACCGCGGCGGGGCGUGGGGGACGGUGUGCGACGACGGCUGGGACCUCAGGGAGGCCGGGGUGGCGUGUCGGGAGCUGGGCUGCGGCCCGGCCCUCAGCGCCCCCGGGAGGGCCCGGUUUGGGCCGGGCGCGGGGAUGCCCAUCCUGCUGGACAACGUGCGGUGCUGCGGGACGGAGCGGUCCUUAGCGGACUGCGCCUCCCUGCCCGUGGGACGCCACAACUGCGGGCACCAGGAGGACGCGGGCGUGGUCUGCGGAGAACCUGCAGCUUCAGCAUCCUCUGGCCCCAGUCUCCGUUUGGUCGGCGGGCCCAAUGAGUGCUCUGGGCGGGUGGAGGUGAACUACGCAGGGCAGUGGGGCACGGUGUGUGACGACAGGUGGGACCUGGCCGACGCCCAGGUGGUCUGCAGGGAGCUGGGCUGUGGGGAUGCAUUGAGUGCUCCUGGGGAAGCCUGGUUCGGCCAGGGUGCCGGUCCAAUUACCCUGGACGACGUGGACUGCAGCGGCCAGGAGGGGGCGCUACAGGAGUGCCAUUGGAGAGGGCCAGGAGAACACAACUGCGCACACUUUGAGGACGCGGGUGUGGUCUGUGCUGGCACCACUUCCAGGAACCAGAAUACGUUGUCUGGAGUUUCCAACAACAGCUCCUUCUCACUGCGCUUGGUUGAUGGGCCUGACCGCUGCUCUGGAAGGGUGGAGGUGUACUACGCAGGACAGUGGGGGACAGUGUGUGAUGACGAGUGGGAUCUAAAUGAUGCCCGCGUGGUCUGCAGACAGCUAGAUUGUGGGACGCCAGUAAACUUUUUUGGAUGGGCCUGGUUUGGAGAAGGUAGUGGCCCGAUCACUCUGGAUGACCUCAGGUGCGCUGGUUCUGAAGGGUCUCUGGACCAGUGUAGCCACAGUGGGUUUGGGAUCCACAACUGCGGACACCAUGAAGAUGCCGGGGUCACCUGCUCUGACAGCUCCUUCUCACUGCGCUUGGUUGAUGGGCCUGACCGCUGCUCUGGAAGGGUGGAGGUGUACUACGCAGGACAGUGGGGGACAGUGUGUGAUGACGGGUGGGAUCUAAGUGAUGCCCACGUGGUCUGCAGACAGCUAGAUUGUGGGGAGGCAGUAGAUGCUCCUGGAACAGCCCAUUUUGGAGAAGGUAGCGGCCAAAUCACGCUGGAUGACCUGGGAUGUUCUGGUACUGAAGUGUCUCUGGACCUGUGUAGCCACAGUGGGUUGGGGAUCCACAACUGCAGACACCAUGAAGAUGCUGGGGUCACCUGCUCUGGCAGCUCUACCACAUCCAACAACAGUUCCUUCUCACUGCGCUUGGUUGAUGGCCCUGACGGCUGCUCUGGAAGGGUGGAGGUGUACUACGCAGGACAGUGGGGGACAGUGUGUGAUGAUGGGUGGGAUCUAAAUGAUGCCCACGUGGUCUGCAGACAGCUAGAUUGUGGGGAGGCAGUAGGUGCUCCUGGAAUAGCCCAUUUUGGGCAAGGUACCGGCCAAAUCACGCUGGAUGACCUGGGAUGUUCUGGUACAGAAGGGUCUCUGCACCAGUGUAGCCACCGUGGAUUUGGGAUGCACAACUGCGGACACCAUGAAGAUGCCGGAGUCACCUGCUCUGGCAGCUCUACCACAUCCAACAACAGCUCCUUCUCACUGCGCUUGGUUGAUGGCCCUGACCGCUGCUCUGGAAGGGUGGAGGUGUACUACGCAGGACAGUGGGGGACAGUGUGUGAUGACGGGUGGGAUCUAAGUGAUGCCCACGUGGUCUGCAGACAGCUGGAUUGUGGGGAGGCAGUAGAUGCUCCUGGAAUAGCCCAUUUUGGGCAAGGUGGUGGCCAAAUCACGCUGGAUGACCUGGGAUGUUCUGGUACUGAAGAGUCUCUGCACCAGUGUAGCCACAGUGGGUUGGGGAUCCACAACUGCGGACACCAUGAAGAUGCCGGAGUCACCUGCUCUGGCAGCUCUACCACAUCCAACAACAGCUCCUUCUCACUGCGCUUGGUUGAUGGCCCUGACCGCUGCUCUGGAAGGGUGGAGGUGUACUACGCAGGACAGUGGGGGACAGUGUGUGAUGACGGGUGGGAUCUAAGUGAUGCCCACGUGGUCUGCAGACAGCUGGAUUGUGGGGAGGCAGUAGAUGCUCCUGGAACAGCCCAUUUUGGGCAAGGUGGUGGCCAAAUCACGCUGGAUGACCUGGGAUGUUCUGGUACUGAAGAGUCUCUGCACCAGUGUAGCCACAGUGGGUUGGGGAUCCACAACUGCGGACACCAUGAAGAUGCCGGAGUCACCUGCUCUGGCAGCUCUACCUCAUCUAACAACGGCUCCUUCUCACUGCGCUUGGUUGAUGGCCCUGACCGCUGCUCUGGAAGGGUGGAGGUGUACUACGCAGGACAGUGGGGGACAGUGUGUGAUGACGGGUGGGAUCUAAGUGAUGCCCGCGUGGUCUGCAGACAGCUAGAUUGUGGGGAGGCAGUAGAUGCUCCUGGAAUAGCCCAUUUUGGGCAAGGUAGCGGCCAAAUCACACUGGAUGACCUGGGAUGUUCUGGUACAGAAGGGUCUCUGCACCAGUGUAGCCACAGUGGGUUGGGGAUCCACAACUGCGGACACCAUGAAGAUGCUGGGGUCACCUGCUCUGACAGCUCAGCCAACAAUCAAUCUACAGCAUCUUCCUCCUCUAACAACAGCUCCUUCUCACUGCGCUUGGUUGAUGGCCCUGACCGCUGCUCUGGAAGGGUGGAGGUGUACUACGCAGGACAGUGGGGGACAGUGUGUGAUGACGGGUGGGAUCUAAGUGAUGCCCACGUGGUCUGCAGACAGCUAGAUUGUGGGGAGGCAGUAGAUGCUCCUGGAACAGCCCAUUUUGGGGCAGGUAGCGGCCAAAUCACACUGGAUGACCUGGGAUGUUCUGGUACUGAAGAGUCUCUGGACCUGUGUAGCCACAGUGGGUUGGGGAUCCACAACUGCGGACACCAUGAAGAUGCCGGAGUCACCUGCUCUGACAGUUCAGUCAACAAUCAAUCUACAGCAUCUUCCUCAUCUAACAACAGCUCCUUCUCACUGCGCUUGGUUGAUGGGCCUGACCGCUGCUCUGGAAGGGUGGAGGUGUACUACGCAGGACAGUGGGGGACAGUGUGUGAUGACGGGUGGGAUCUAAGUGAUGCCAACGUGGUCUGCAGACAGCUAGAUUGUGGGGAGGCAGUAGAUGCUCCUGGAACAGCCCAUUUUGGGCCAGGUAGCGGCCAAAUCACACUGGAUGACCUGGGAUGUUCUGGUACUGAAGUGUCUCUGGACCAGUGUAGCCACAGUGGGUUGGGGAUCCACAACUGCGGACACCAUGAAGAUGCUGGAGUCACCUGCUCUGACAGUUCAGUCAACAAUCAAUCUACAGCAUCUUCCUCAUCUAACAACAGCUCCUUCUCACUGCGCUUGGUUGAUGGGCCUGACCGCUGCUCUGGAAGGGUGGAGGUGUACUACGCAGGACAGUGGGGGACAGUGUGUGAUGACGGGUGGGAUCUAAGUGAUGCCAACGUGGUCUGCAGACAGCUAGAUUGUGGGGAGGCAGUAGAUGCUCCUGGAACAGCUCAUUUUGGGCCAGGUAGCGGCCAAAUCACACUGGAUGACCUGGGAUGUUCUGGUACUGAAGAGUCUCUGGACCAGUGUAGCCACAGUGGGUUGGGGAUCCACAACUGCGGACACCAUGAAGAUGCUGGAGUCACCUGCUCUGAGCGUUCAGUCAACUAUCAAUCUACAGCGUCUCCCUCAUCCAACAACAGCUCCUUCUCACUGCGCUUGGUUGAUGGCCCUGACCGCUGCUCUGGAAGGGUGGAGGUGUACUACGCAGGACAGUGGGGGACAGUGUGUGAUGACUGGUGGGAACUAAAUGAUGCCCACGUGGUCUGCAGACAGCUAGAUUGUGGGGAGGCAGUAGAUGCUCCUGGAACAGCUCAUUUUGGGCCAGGUAGCGGCCAAAUCACACUGGAUGACCUGGGAUGUUCUGGUACUGAAGAGUCUCUGGACCAGUGUAGCCACAGUGGGUUGGGGAUCCACAACUGCGGACACCAUGAAGAUGCUGGAGUCACCUGCUCUGACAGUUCAGUCAACAAUCAAUCUACAGCAUCUUCCUCAUCUAACAACAGCUCCUUCUCACUGCGCUUGGUUGAUGGCCCUGACCGCUGCUCUGGAAGGGUGGAGGUGUACUACGCAGGACAGUGGGGGACAGUGUGUGAUGACGGGUGGGAUCUAAGUGAUGCCCACGUGGUCUGCAGACAGCUAGAUUGUGGGGAGGCAGUAGAUGCUCCUGGAAUAGCCCAUUUUGGGCAAGGUAGCGGCCAAAUCACGCUGGAUGACCUGGGAUGUUCUGGUACUGAAGAGUCUCUGGACCAGUGUAGCCACAGUGGGUUGGGGAUCCACAACUGCGCUCAUUCUGAAGAUGCUGGAGUCACCUGCUCUGACAGUUCAGCCAACUAUCAAUCUACAGCAUCUCCCUCAUCCAACAACAGCUCCUUCUCACUGCGCUUGGUUGAUGGCCCUGACCGCUGCUCUGGAAGGGUGGAGGUGUACUACGCAGGACAGUGGGGGACAGUGUGUGAUGACGGGUGGGAUCUAAGUGAUGCCCACGUGGUCUGCAGACAGCUAGAUUGUGGGGAGGCAGUAGAUGCUCCUGGAACAGCCCAUUUUGGAGAAGGUAGCGGCCAAAUCACGCUGGAUGACCUGGGAUGUUCUGGUACUGAAGAGUCUCUGGACCAGUGUAGCCACAGUGGGUUGGGGAUCCACAACUGCGCUCAUUCUGAAGAUGCUGGAGUCACCUGCUCUGACAGUUCAGUCAACUAUCAAUCUACAGCAUCUCCCUCAUCCAACAACAGCUCCUUCUCACUGCGCAUGGUUGAUGGGCCUGACCGCUGCUCUGGAAGGGUGGAGGUGUACUACGCAGGACAGUGGGGGACAGUGUGUGAUGACGGGUGGGAUCUAAGUGAUGCCCACGUGGUCUGCAGACAGAUAGAUUGUGGGGAGGCAGUAGAGGCUCCUGGAUCCGCCCAUUUUGGGGAAGGUACCGGCCAAAUCACGCUGGAUGACCUGGGAUGUUCUGGUACUGAAGAGUCUCUGGACCAGUGUAGCCACAGUGGGUUGGGGAUCCACAACUGCGGACACCAUGAAGAUGCUGGAGUCACCUGCUCUGGUUCCGUCUCGGGAGGUGCAUAACAGGACUGCGAUAUCUGAGCACGCCUGUUCAUCCUGCCCACCUGUGGAAACCUUGCACAUUUUUAACCCACCCAAAGGAUCAAAUCUCCCUCCUUUUUCACUUUUUUGCCCGACCUCCUGUUCCAAUGUCCUGCCUGCGUGUGCACUGGGGUCAUCUGCGGUUCAUUAUUUGCUGGGUGUUAAUCUGUCAGUGACAGGAGUGAAACAUAGUGCCUCGUUUGAGUGUUAGGGGGUGGUGCUUUAGAGAGCUGGGAGGUGUCUGUGAAAAUAAAUAGAUUUGCAAGCUUUAA